AUGUGGCUGUCGCUGAGGAUGAGGCGACGGAGGACGACAACGCAGCACUUUGAGCGAUUGCAGCAGGAGCAGAUGUUUUUCGCGGCUGCCAAUGGCCUGACUCCAUUGGGCGGCAGCAGCAGCAAGGCCUUCACCAAAAUCACCGUCAACAAUGUGCUCAGCGAAAGCGGCGCCAAUGCGCUGCAGCAGCACAUCAGCAAUUCGAACACGAUUAUACGCAAGAUCAAGGAUUUCGGUAUGCUCGGCGCCGCAGCGGCAGCGGCAACGGCCACGGCGGGCACGGCGUUGAGCCGCAAGCGGCCGCUGGCCGAGACCAGAUGCCCAAACAUUGAGAAUAAACCAUUCGGAGCUGUCAGCGCAGCCGGCAAACGCAGCAAGCUAACCAAAAAGCAGCCAAAGCAAAGUCAAAGCCAAUGUCAAGUGGAGGAGCAGCAGCUGCCCGCGGCCAAGUGCCUGGCGGAGCUGGUGCAGCGUGCCGGCGGCACGGGUACGCCGGGACGCAAGGGUCUGCCGCUGCCGCAGGCUGUCGCCCGUCGCAAUGCCCGGGAACGCAAUCGGGUCAAGCAGGUGAACAACGGUUUUGCGGCGCUACGCGAACGCAUACCCGACGAGAUAUCGGAGGCGUUUGAGGCGCAGGGCGCCGGCCGCGGCGCCAGCAAAAAGUUAUCCAAAGUGGAAACACUGCGCAUGGCCGUCGAAUAUAUACGCAGUCUGGAGCGUUUAUUGGGUUUCGAUUUUCCGCCUCUAUCUGCGGCAGCGGCGGCGGCAGCGGCAGCGGCAGCAGCGGCGGCUGGCUGCAAUUCAAAUAGCGAAUCAAGCGGCGAUGAUAGCUACAUGUUUAUCAAGGACGAAUUCGAUGGCCUAGACGAGCAAUUCGAUGAGACGCUGAGCAACUAUGAGCUCGAGGAGAGCAUGUGCAUGCAGGAGCAGUUGCAGUUGGAGCAGCAGCAGCAACAGUUGCCGGAGGAGCUGCUGCUGCCGAAUGUGACAACGCUGAACGGUUUGCAGUAUGUGAGAAUAGCCGGCACGAGCACCUAUCAGCUGCUAACGCCGGAUAUGCUGCAGCGGCAGGAUAGCUCAGGUCGAGAGGAUGAGCAACAUUUGAAUGCACUAAUUGACACAAAUUGCUCGAGCAACAGUCCAACAAUUGCUGCUGCGGCAGCUGCAUUAAGCAACGGUGAAUGUGUAAAAUUCGGCUCGAGUUUAACGCGAGAGCCCGUGCCAACAGCAGCAGCAACAACAACCAGUCGCAGCACAUCGCCGGCAACAACAACAACAACAACAACAACACGAGGCAGUUCAUCAAUGCAUCAACCACCAGGUGAAGACGACGCCGCUGCAGUUGCAGUUUCACCUGUCGCCGUUGCCGUUGCUAAUGAACUCUUGUUGCAGGCGUGUGCCGCACAACAGCAACAGCAACAACAGCAACAACAGCAACAACAACUGAUCAAACAGGAAUACAGCGAGGGCGAUUUUGUGCAUGUCACCAGCAAACAACAACAACAACAACAGCAGCAGCAACAACAGCAGCAACAGCUCCCCCAGCAACAAUUGCUGUGCGCCGGCUCGUUGUUGCCGCCGUUCUAUGAUCAGGAAACGGCCUCGUUCUAUGACAAUGUUGUUGUUGGCCUGCCCAGCUUUAAAAAGGAAUUCCACGAUGUGCUGCAGGAUCAGGCGACAAACAAUGCCAGCGUCUGUCUGUCCGAUGAGAGCAUGAUCGAUGCGAUUGAUUGGUGGGAGGCGCAUACGCCCAAAUCGGAUGCGGCUGCCGGCGCUGUGGCGGGCAUUUAA